UCAGCGCGAGGGCAAAGGGGGAAGUAGAGCUAGCAGCAUAUUGGACUGGUCUAAUGUGAACAGAAUGCGAAUGCUGAAGAAUACCAUGGACCACCGUAAGGAAUGCACUCACUGCAAUACCCACCAGGAUAAUCCGAGUGAGCGCAGGUUUCUAGAGUAUCUUCAAAAUACUACAAGAGAAACUGCAGCAACCCAAUUUAUCACAACAAGUCCCGCGAACAGUAUCGAGAUCGAACGUAUUUCCACCCGAGCCGAGAAAUCAUCAUUUCUCAAUCCGUCCGGCCAAAUAUUUUCCGUUGUUGGACGAAUGAUCAGCGCUUUAGUUUCGUGCCUAGCUACAUUACAGCAUCAGCAUCAGCACCAGCAUCAGCAUCAGGCAGCAUCAGGGAAACCGGCAGCGUUCGAAACGACGAUGGUGGAGCAAGUGAGAAAGCCGAACCGAGUGAAUCGACCGAAAUCGUCCGUGCAUCCGUCCGUGGUUGGCGUAUGAAGCGAGCGAACGCGCAAGAGCUUCAUUUUUUGACGGGGCUGCUCUUCUCAGAACUAUCGGCCCGCCGCACAGGCAUCAAGUUACGGAACCGGC